GGAACAUACGAAGGGUUCAAGGAGUUCAUACAAGUAGUAUGUCUGCAUAAUAUAUUAAGUAUAUAAAUAUCCAUUUAGGUUCCGGACACACUGUAUUCAAACUUAAGGAGAAAAUCAUGAGCAACUGGAAAGUGCACCCCUUGUUGAAAUUGGUAACAAUCCUUACGUACGGAUAUUCAAGAUAUGCAAAUGGAGAUGUUUCAAAUAGUUUUAAUUGCUUGACAGAAGUAAUAUCGGGAUACACAGAGGCAAGAUGUCCCAUGAAUGGAGAUUACGAAACACAAUGUGAUGGAAACAAACGAGUGUGUAGCGUGUCACUCAUUAACUGUUGGAAUGCUCGUCAUCUCUAUUCUGAUAUUAUUCUGAGAUUAGUGCUGAACAAAGAUGUCAGUCUUAAUAUUUCAAUACGCGCAGGAAGACUCUGUAAAUGCCCCGUGUAUGAUGUUUUAUGUAAUUUCAGUAGUCACCACCAAGCAUUGGAUGGAUACCAUCAAAAAUAUCUGAGCACCGAGAAAAAUGCCGCAGAGAGAACAACAGCCUUGAACUCAAACAAUCAAAAAGAACAAACAGAUUUAUUAUACAUGUAUGGUAUCAAUUUUGCCGGUGGAAUGAUUUUCGGAGGAUCCCUGACAAUAAUGAUACUUCUGACUGCCAAACGACUGCAAAGAAAAUGCACCACAGAAACGAAAGGAGUGCAACAAAACGUGGACCAUGGAUACAGAUAUGAAACAAACAAUGCAACGCUUGGAAUGCCACUGGCUGUCACGAGUGGUCCAGACGAGAACGGGAGCUAUAGUGAUAACGCUCGGAGUCUUAAAGGAUCAAGAGUGAAAACGAAUGUCCCCUGUAUGGACCUCUCGAAAUCACAAUCGGUGGACUAUAGCGUAUAUAACCAUUUACACGAAAAGGAAGCCGCGAAUAUGGACGAUUAUGACCAUGUGAAACCCAAUUCUUCAGCGCUUAUUCAAACUCCGCAGCACGUUAUCGUAGAAGAAAUGAUUGCAGAUUUUACAGAAUAUUCAGAGAUCUGCAAAUCGGAUUUGUCAAUAGAAGGGGAGAUAAAUCAUGAAUCAACAAUCAAAACAAUUAACGAUGACUAUUUUGUUUUGGAAGAAAUCAAGAAGUAGAAGUAGAGACUCUGAUGAAUACGAGAUAUUUACAUACUUUGUUCACAUGUUUGGUUUGUACCAUUUUAUUGGAUGCACUUUAUAUUAUAUUAUAUAUUAUGUUAUAUAUAUAUAUAUAUAUAUAUAUAUAUAUAUAUAUAUAUAUAUACACACACACAUACAUACAUACAUACAUAUAUAUAUAUAUGAUGAGUUCACGCUCUGAUUCUUAUUCUUUUUUGGAGUUAUAAGAGCCUGCAACAUGUAAUCCGUUGUGAAAGUGUUUAGCUAGUUUUGUAAUGUAGCGCUAGUGCUUAUUGUUAAUUAUAUUUGUGUUUUCUCCAUAAUGUAAUCCUUUCCCGUCCUGACAAAAAAUUGACAAAUCCAAUUUUUCAUGUCGUUGGUCAUUCUUGUAAAUUGUAAAUAUGUUUGUAGAUUAGUGUAGUUGUAGUGCUAGAUGUUUUCAUAUGUAGUUUUUGUUAUUAUUCUCUGUUGAAAUUGACCACAUUAUGUAAUUGUUUUAGUUUGUCAUGAGGAAGAGACGGGUCGUCCCGAAAAUUUGACAAUCUGAUAGUUCGUGUCGUUGGUCAUUUUAGUGCUUUGUAUAAUUUGUUGUAUUUGACCUUGUAUCCAUGUUGUUGAUCCGACACUUUUAGGUAUCGGGUGUUGUUGGAACUUAGUGCUUAUAUAUAUAUGCAUUCUGUAAAAAUAUCGUAAAGUAUUUCAAAUAUUUCUUGUACAGUGAUUCUCAUGUCAUUUCAGCAACAUUAUGCCAUCAAACGGAACUCCUAAUGAAUUUUGUUUUUAUCGCGAAUCAUGAAGUCAUUGAGGUCAAAUAUGCACUCGUAGUCUUGCAAGCUCUAUCAUGAAUUUAUUACUCGACCAACAAUGUCUCCGCUACUUAUUCUGAGUAGAGCUAAAGAGACUUCAGACAAGUAUAGAAGAUUGAAUAGAGUAUAAGUUAUAUCUGUAAAGUAAGGAGAUGAGCCUGAAACAAACCGUAAAUUAGUGUCCUCUAGCGCCACAGCGCGUUACAUUUUCUGGUGCAUACUUGAACAAAGGACUAGAUAGCACAAGAGGCAUUUAUGGUCCCCUCUUCAAAAUUACUCAUUCCUAUUACAGUAGUAGUGGUCAUGUGUAUGAAUAAAAGAUAUAUGAUUUACUUUGAUAUCUUUAAUAUUGAUUGCCUAGCAACACAUGAAACAUAUCAACAAUGAAAUUGUUAAUAUCCAUAAAUUUUUCAAAUGCAAGACUGAAAGUUCAAAUUUUUAAACUACAAUGAUAACAUUUUGUCAAUUUCAAAUUCCAACAUAUUGUAUAUGAACAAAAUUUAACAUUUGUACAUUUUUUUUAAGUAUUCAAUGCUCAUAUUUUCUUAGUUACUACUCGAAUAUUCCUUAGAAACAGUUUAUAUUGUGAAUAUAUACAUCUAACACAUGUCAUGAAAUAAAUUCGAAAUUAA